AUCUCUCCCUGAUAUGUGUUUUUUUUCUCCUCCAUGGCCCGCCUCGUUUCUCUUGUUUCUCCCUCCAUUGCUCGAUUUUCUCUCAGUGCUCGGACGUUGCGUGUUAAGGUGUAGAGGCUCGCAACACUGCGUCCCACUCUUGGGGAAAUUACGAGGAGAGUUAGACGAAAAACAAAUUUCAAAGGACUGGACAAGAGAAAAUCAAGUGUAACGACAUACAUUUUACCAGCGUUGUGCGGUUUGUUGAAACUAUAGUUAAAAAAUGGAUCCAAUGACCCAGUCCGCCCAGAUAUCGUCGUCGCAAGGUUUUGCCGAUGGACAGAAUUCUGCUGCGAAAGACUCCAAGUUAUCUGAUUCCUUUCUUUCCUCUUCGCCUGUAUCUCUCAUUCAGUCUCCUCAAGACAAAAGGGUGGUCCUGGGCUCCGACAAGCCCUCUGAAGUUGUGGCCACAUCCCUUCGCUUUCCCUCUCAACCUGGCUCAUUCUCACCUGGUAAAUAUGGGAGCAUGGCAGGGCCACCAGAUGGACAACCAGACUCACCUAUCAAGACAUCUCCUGUGUCAGAACGCAUAAAAGCACUUGAAGCUCUUGCAGCCAAAAAGAAGGAACCUGAUUUUAGGAGCGAUGGAGGUUUCCCUCACUUCAGAGAGCGCCACUAUGAGAAGUCUCCUACUGAGACAGUCACCUCAACCUCCCAGAAGAAAGGAAGUUCCACUGACCAGGAGUCACCAGAAUCCCCCUUUGAAGUACUUGGAGAUUUAAGACAAGUGAAUGAGUUUGAGGACACAGCAGACUGGAUGAGGGCUCAUUUGCCACCAGCUCCAGACUUUGGUGCUGUAGAUUUAAAUAAAGGCUCCCCGACUGCAGAAAAGAAUGUCACAUCAAAGGAGGUGAAAGAGACAGAUAUAGUUAUACCUGAUGUUCCUGCAGCUUUUGCCAGUGUCCCUGAUGCUUUCAUGGAUUCUCCUGUUGAAGCUUCAAAACCGAACGAUAAGUUCAAUGAGCCACCCAAACAACCUAGCGUUGAGGAGGAGUCUGAGUUUGACCUCAGCUUUUUGCCAACAGCAUACAUGUGGGACCAACAAGAGAAAUCUGCUACGCAGCCUCCAUCAAAUCUUAACUCGGUGCCUCCUGCCACUCCUGCACCUCCUGCAGGAUUUGGUUCCCCAUCUCCUCCUCUUUCCCCACCGGCUGAAAUUGAUGCUAAACAGAACAUUUUGGAUACCAAGAAGACCACAUGGGUUGGGGAUCUGGAACACCCAGAGACAAGUGAAGCGGACAGCUCAGGAGAAUCAGAUGAUACUGUCAUUGAGGAUGGAUCCUCUGUUCCUCCUCCCUCCCUCCCACCCUCUUCUGCUCCUGAACCUUUAAAUGAUCCUACCACUACAGCUGCCCCCUCCGUUCCCACUGAAGAACAAGAGACUCCACCAACAAAACCAGAGAAGAAGCUAAUGCAGGUCCCAACAAUCAAUGUUAUUGAGACAGAUGAACCUAAUUAUAGUGAAGAGGAGAUGGAAAUGGAGCUUGAGACUGAGGAAGAUGAGGGCUAUGAGGUUGUAAAAGACCCAAUCAAAGAAGCACCCGAAAUUCCUGAAUCAGAGCAAGAGGUGACUAAAACCGAACCACCAAAGACACGCCCCUUACAAACUGAAUUCAUGGAAGGCUACUCUCCUCCAUCCUCACCUGUGGACUCUGAUGCUGAAUACUCCCCAAAACACAAAAUACUUAAAUCCGAUCCUGAAACAGUCCAGCAGGAAUCUGCAUCAAAAAUCGAUGGACUACCAAAUACUACUUUAAUGGACUCAAACUCCAGUUCUUCCCAAGCGCAACCUGAGAAAUUGCAGACCACUGCCAAUGAGUCUAAACCAUCUGUCACAAUUGAAGAAGUAGACUUCCCAGACAAUGAUGACGAGUGGUCAGACGAAGCACAAGAUAUCCUGGUCAAACCGGAAAAGACUGAUGUUGCUGCUCAGGAUUUGGCUAAUCAAACCCCAUCCAAAGUGGAUGAAAAAAUCAAAAUGGAUGAGAAACAGAGCUAUACUGAAACAGCCUCACUUUGUAAAUCCAGCUUUAUGCAGGAUGACAUAUAUGACAGACAGUCUUUUGAUUAUGAUGAGGAUUAUAUACCCCCUGCCUUAGAUGACAUGCUGGACCAGAAAGACUUAAACCGUGCUAAAGAGCCCACUCUUUCUGAUCCAUCUCAGAUCCAUAUUGAAACACUGACUGCGAACACCACACAAAAUAAUGCAAAUCUGGAUGACAUCACUUCAUUGGAUGAUGAACCUUUUCCCAAGUCAGGCGGAGAUCAGCUUUCUUAUCGAGAAUACCCCAAAGACUCAUAUUCCUCUUUCCAAAGUGAGUCACCAGGCAACAUAAUGGAACCAGUUGAUAAGAAAGUGAACAAUGACAUCAUUACAGAUAAUAUGGCAAAAAGCAAGUCUCCCCUACUGCAAGGAAAUGACUCAAAGACCCCAAAAGACACCAAAGCAGGCCACCAUACACCUGACACAACAAGCGACCCAGAAAGCAUUGAGCCUGACUGUUCAGUUUCCGGAGCUACAGAUAGCUUUGUGGAGUUUAUGAGGGAGUGCCUGAAGUCAAGGCAGGAUGAGGAACCUGAUGAUGCUCUUCAGCGUUGUACUACUAAAGAUGAGCUCCCCAAAACCGGUGCGCCUCCUUCCCAGUCCCCUCCAACCAUGGUGAUGGAUCUUGAGCAAGAACAGCUUACCAUCAGUGCUCUGAAAGAACUGGGCAGUAGCCAGGAGGAGGAGGAGGAGGAGUCAGUCCAGCCUGGUAUGAAGGCUGCUGACCAGGACAAAGCUGACACCAAUGCUGCAUCUAUACAACAGUCUUCCUUUACCUCAGCUCCCAACCUCCUAUCUUCUCAAAGCAACCCUACUUCUGACAGCACGUAUUCCAAAGAGGUAGAAGCCAUUGACGAGUGGGUGGCUGAAGCCUAUCAUCUUGCUGAGCAUGUCUUGACAGCAAUACUAACCCACUUAUCAGUCAAGGAGCUGAUCCACUGGCGAGACCCCAAGAAGUCGGGCGUGGUGUUCGGCCUGUCCAUGUUGCUGCUCCUGUCGCUGGCAGCCUUCAGCGUCAUCAGUGUGAUUUCCUACCUGCUGCUGGCCCUGCUCUGUGUCACCAUCACCUUCCGCAUCUACAAGUCUGUUGUCCAGGCUGUGCAGAAGUCCAACGAGGGUCACCCCUUCAAAGCACUGAUGGAUAAGGAUGUCAGCAUUCCCCCUGAGACUUUCCGCAAGCACGUGGAUGUCAGUCUGACCUACAUCAACCGAGCCCUGAAGCAGAUGAGCCGCCUCUUCCUGGUUGAGGACCUCGUGGACUCCCUGAAGCUGGCUGUGGUCAUGUGGCUGUUGACCUACGUAGGAGCUGUCUUCAAUGGAAUCACCAUUCUCAUUUUGGCUGACAUCCUGCUCUUCGCCGUGCCCCCGAUCUAUGAGAAGAACAAGACUCAGAUCGAUCAGUACAUCGACCUGGCACGUACUCAAGUCAACACCACAAUCGCUAAGUUGCAAGAGAAACUUCCCGGAGCUGUGAAGCGCAGCAAAACUGAAUGAUCACCCCCCCCCUUCCCUCUUCACCCCUUACUAAAACCUCUCCAUCACCAUCAUCCUCCUCACCCUAAACCACCCCGUCCCUUCCCCUCUCUCUGUCCCUUACCCCAACCCCCUUCCCCCUACAUCUAACUCCACUCUCCUUCUCCAUCUACCAACCAUCUUACUACCAUCACCCUACCGCACUGAACCAGCUAGGUAGAGAAUCUCUGAGCUACUCGAUAUUCAAUGUAAAACUACUGCGCAGCUUAACUUCCGAGCAUUAGAAAAAAAAAAAAAAAGAACUGUGCCUGUGCAGACAGGAAGCACGACGCUAGCGGAGGAAGUGACGUCAAUGCCACGACCGACCGCCUGACCGACCGCCUGUCUUUGGCCUGGCCGGAGGCGGGACGAGGGAGGGGGAGGGCGGGGAUCGAGGCAGGGUCGAGUGAACUAGACUGAAUCUAUGACCUGGUUUUCAUAGUCAACAGCGAGUGAAAGGGUGGGUGGUAUUUUACGUUCAAGGAUGGCGGUUGGUCUCGCAGAAAUACAGCAAAUGUCUGUACUUUUAAUCAUACAUUUCGCUCAAGGUUAAUGGAUAAAACAAGCUAGAAACGUUUAUAAAAAGAGGAAAACUUAAAAAAAAAAAUAGACCUUUUGGGUUUAAUUUUGGCUAGCCUUUCCCUGCUCUUUCUUUGCAGCAGUUGUAUGAAUAGAAAAAUAUACUCUUUAGAAGGUGGUAAUGGAUUUCUCUGUUACGGAUUGGCCUGGUUAUUGAGUUUUCUUUUUUUUUCUGUUCACCCUCAAGGCACUUAAUGUAUGUUUCUACAAUGCACUGAACCUUUUUUUUUUUUGUUUGUUUUGUUUUGGAAACCCACGAGCAGGUUGAAAUAAAAGGAUUGGAACACUGAGCCAGCUGUGAUAAUUUGGUCUAGUUCACCCUGUUUUGAUUUGAUGAUGCAUUUUUUGAAAUGUUUUCUGUAUGUAUAUACAUCUUUAAGACAACAACAGGCUCUCUCUCUGCUGUAUGGAACAAGAUAGCCUCGCUUUUUAUAUGGACAUCCCUCCCCCUCUUACAACUCAUUUUUGUCGCACCUCUUCACGUCACCAAGUGUUGAAGCCUCACAUUCACUUGUAAAUUUUUAAUUAUUCUUAUCACUACUAUUAUUACUAUUAUUGAUAUGGAUAUUACUUAUAGGAUGGCUGCUUUGACUUCCGUACUAGCUUGACAACAGUAUCAUAAGAGCUCCAUAAAGUGUCGUUGAGCUUCAUAAUGUUAACCUCGAGGUCUCCACGGGCCUCUGGAGAAAAUAAAUUCCUGUUUCGGUAGGUUACAGUAAGAGCGGAGGUCGGGGAGGUGGAAGCAGUCUGCUGAGUGGCUAUCAUAGAAGUUUUUGUUUGUUAAUUUGUUAUUUUUCUUCGAAUGCCAUGAAGCGCAUGUCGUAGCGUAAGCUGGAAACAGAUUCUCACCCUUUCUAUAGGCUGUAUCAUAUUCUUGACCCUGAUUUCUUCUUCUUCUUUUUUUUUUUGUUUAUAAGAUGAUUAUUACUUGUGAUUGUUAUGAUGGUGUUUUUGAAUUCAAUAAAAAAAAAAACAGUCAUAUUUUAGCACUACUGCUACAUCUCUACAUGUCGUCGAAAGGGAUUUAUAUAGAAGCAGCUGAAAUGGCAACCACGGUGUUCCGUUCUGUUCAUUGUGACCCAAAGUAAGUUUGCACGUCAUGUGUCAUUUUAGUACAACCUCCCCCCCCUCAGAAAAAUGAAUGGCCAACAGUGAGAUGAUCCGUUAAGAUCAGUCUCACUGCCUCUCGAUGCAGUAAACACCACACCUUUAACUACUCAGACGUCUGCCUGUGUGCUGAAUGUUUUCUCUGCAACAUUGGUGGAUCAUUCCUCCUCACACACGACAUCCACUGUGUUGUUUUUACUUGUUGUCUGUGGUUUUCAGAGUUUUCUCCCAGACGCCUUGCAGCAGUGUUUGUUUGGCUCCUUGUGCAUGGUGUCUGGUGUCACAUUCACUGGAUUCAGUCCCUCCCUUCACCAAGUGGGGGAUUAAAGCUACACUAUGCAACUUUUCUUCUUGAGGCAAGAACUGUUUUGUUAGACCCGCCCUCUUGCUAAUUUGGAUCGACUGCCCACCCAAACCCUUGACACUCAUCUUGAUGAGCUGUGAUCACUAGCAUCUCAAAGAAGAAGAUGUAAAAGAUGCAGAUGCUGAUCUACGAUCUGGAAAAAGCUAAAUUUGGCUUUGUCCUUUCUUGUUGCUUUCUUCUGUUGCUGUAUCUUCCUGUACCGUGGCCACCAGCCUCAGCUUGAGAGCUCUUUUCAAAUUUUGGUUCCUCAGCCCAAGGCUAAUUGAACUAAGAGUUAACCCUGGGAUCGGGAUUCAUCCUAGAACUUAAAUUGAAGUAGAACGGUCAUGGAACUGUUUGCCGUGGCCAUUUGGCUUGUGGAGCAGAGUUCAGUCAGCCCCAAGUUGCAAGUGUGAAAAAACAGUUAGCUUAGGGCUAAGUGUAACGUGAAAAGGGGUUUUAUAGCCACACCACUGGCCACACCCCCAGCAAAUGACUUCCAUCCCAAAAUGAACUUUGAAAGGCCACUUUUAGGCAAACAGGAUGUAGAUAAUGUAGAUUAUAUCCUUUUUCUAUAUUUAAAUGUGACAAAGUUGCAUAUUGUAGUUUUAAAGUGCAAGUCAACACUAGCAGAAAACGUCUGCUGCACUGCCCUCUAGUGGUCGAAACCUUCAGGCAUGUUGCACAUCUGGCCACACCCAGCCAGUGGUGCAGCUGCAGGUACUUUGCCAUUGACAGCUGCUAAAAAUACCCGCAGCCUCGUCACCGAUUGGCCCGAGGUGCAACAUGCCAGAGCGUUUCGACCUCUAGAGGGCAGAAGUUUUCCACUGAGGUAGUGUUGAGUUACUCUUUAAAUACGAUAGACAUGAAAAAAAAAAUCUCAUCCCCAUCCAACUACUGGAAUGUGUCUGUGUCUGUGUCGUCACACUGCUCAUCGUUCGUCUCAUGUUUUUAACCGGCGUCCUUGUGCUGCUGAAAGGUUUUGUCCGUGUGACCUCGCCUCAGAGGGGUGGUGUGCUGUGACAGCAAAACCGGCUUUCAGUGAGACCUUUGUCCAGCAAAGGCCAUGUUACCAUACCUGUGUUUGAAAUAGAUCAUUACUUUUCUUAAGAUACAGCAUCCUAGUUGGCUUAUUGCUCCAGAGUGUAAUAUAUAAUUUGAAUCGAUAUGCACAUUUUUAACCCGUUUCCUCAUAGCAUGUUGCUUUUCUCCUUUUUCCUGUUUGUUCAUCUGUGUUUUGUUUGGGGAUGGGAGUGUGGCAGGAGUGUUUUUUAUGUUUCUUUUUUUUUUUUGUCUUUGGCAAGUCUGUUUUGCUUUUGACUUUAGACAUUCACUAACAUCAGAGCUCUGUUUGUUAUAGCUAUGACUUUAGUUCAUAUGUUGGAGCUUUGGGAAAGAUGUUAAAGGAAAAAAAAA